AUGUGUGGUGAUGACGUGUUGGCGGUGGUGGUGGUCUCAGGGGAAGGAGAAGGAGGUGGCGGUGGUGGUGGUUCUUGUGGCGGCAGAGAGGAGAGGAGGAGAGAGAGAGUGGUGAUGGGGUGGUCGGAGGUGGUAGCAGCGGCGACGGUGGUCGGAGGUGGUAGCGGUGGUGGCGGUGGGUGGUGGUGGUUGAUAGCGGUGGUGUCGGUGAUCGGAGGUGGCAGUGGCAAUGGUGGCGCCGAUGAUCGAAGGUGGGUGGUGGCGAUGAUCGAAGGUUGCAGUGGCGACAGUGGGUGGCGACGACGGCGGUGGGUGGCGGUGGCGGGGGGCGGCGGAGGUGGGUGA